AUGGCUUCAACCGCCUCGCAACUACGCAACAAAAAAUGGACUCGCGACUCCUACCUAAUCUCAACCGACAUAUCCCUCAUCCCACUCCACGACCUGAACGCAGCCUUCGCCUCCCCCGAAUUCUACUGGGCUAAAUCCCUCCCUCCAUCUCUCAUGGAAGAAACCCUCCAGAAUUCCCUCUGUUUCGGUCUCUACGACCUCAAAAAUCACACCCUCGAGGCCGCCGAGGACCUCCUCCGACAAAACUCUUCCUCAUCCUCAACCACGACCGAUGAAAACUCGUCACUGCCGAAAUUGAUCGGCUUCGCCCGCGUCAUCACGGACUUUAUCACGUUCGCCUUCAUCACGGACGUCUGGGUGCAUCCGUCGACGACGGGGAAGGGCCUGGGGACGUGGCUGGUCGGUCGGGUGCAGGAGGUCCUCGAGGGGAUGGAGCACCUGAGGCGGAGCAUGCUGCUCACGAGCAGCUGGGAUAAGUCGGUCCCGUUUUAUGAGAAGUUGAUGAGGAUGGAGCUGAUGAAUGAGAGGAAGGGGGAGGGUACGAUUGCGGUUAUGCAGAUGAAGUGGAAGGGGCAGGUGGAUUGGGUUGAGCCUGAGCCGUAG